AUGGUCGACGUCGCGGAUAAAGAUGGCCGUAUCCCGCUGCACAUUGCAGUCAUGAAAGCCUCUCGUACUGGCCAGCAAAAGUCAACAUGGGAAGCGAUUAUCCAAAAGCUCGUCAGUACUUUGACACCCAGGCAAACAGCUGGCGCAAAUCCUAAGGACCACCGAGGUUUCACACCAUGGGACUAUGCAGAGAGGGCGAUGGGACAGCACAGAAUGUGGCUGAAGAAGCUGAAGAUUCAUGACCUACGAACCGGAGCAACGGCAGCACAACAUGAGAGGCUUGAGGCGUUGGUCGCUCCUCCGCAAGACUCAGACCAAUAUGUAGCUUGCCGUAAAGCAGAAGCCACAUUGGUUCAAUUCUACAUCCAGGAUUCCACUGGCGACAAAACCGAAAAGUUCGAAAUGCAGCAUCCGGAUGUCUACAAAGUCCUCUACAACCCACAGCACCAAGCCCACAUCAUUUUUGAUCGGAACAGAAUACGGUCUCUCACAUCGACUUGCCGGUGGAUUCAUCUACCGGCAACGAAUGAGAAAUGGGCCCAGGUGAAUACCUUCACUUGUUGUUUUUUUGUUGAGAGGGCUAGGACUGACCGUAUUGGUUCAGGAUCUUUUCACGAGCCUGAAAAUCAUUGA